AAAGGUCAAAGUGUGUGUGGGAUGUCAAGAUGGCGUUGCUCGCGUCCUUGCUUCUGAAAUCCAGACUGGGCAUCCAGUUGUCCUGCCAGCCCUCCAUAACAGUGUCUGCGAGGUGUGCGUCCAAGAAGGCAGGAGGAAGCAGUAAGAAUCUGGGUGGGAAAAGUCCUGGUCGCAGAUAUGGAUACAAGAAAAGAGAUGGAAAUUUUGUCCAUGCUGGAAACAUCCUAGCAACACAGCGGUUUUUACGCUGGCAUCCAGGAGCGCAUGUCGGGAUCGGAACCAACAAUACCCUGUAUGCCCUUGAAGAUGGUAUUGUCAGAUUCACCAAGGAAGUCUACAUACCACCUCCUCGCAGCAGAGAAGCGUUCUCAGUGAUCUGCAAGCUCCCGAAGGGUGCAUUGCUCUAUAAGACAUUCAUCAAUGUCGUCCCAAAAAAGCAGGAGGGAAACUUCAAACUUGUGGGCAUGUUAUGAGACUGGCGUCUCCCUGCCCAGUGGAACGCCACAGCACAGAGAUGUUAUCUCUGCCUGUAAGGGGCAAUAUGUUUGCACUGCCCCACCAGACUCAUCUGUCACUUAUUCAUUUUUUUAAAUUCUUUUCAGUUGCAUCACUUUGGUCAUGGAUUUUGUGUGUUCCUGCAAUGAGAGCAAUGCUUAAUUAAUGCAGUGUCAGUUUGGCAGUAUCAUAUGUUUGCAAACAUUGCAAUUAUUUGUUACUACAAUAAAAUACUGUAUAUACAGUUGCAUCA